CCGUCCUUUCGGAUGACGUCGGGUGGGGCGAGGGGCUUGGGUUUGCCAUCUAACGCUUUUUCCCCCUCAUUUUGCAGCUCACGAAGCCCUCGGGCACGCCCCUCCGGUAGCCGAUACCCAAGACAAUCUAGUUUUUUUAUUUUAUUUUAUUGAUUUCCCCCCUUGCUACCUCCCUCCAGCCACUUAAUGAAGUUUCUCGCCCCGAAACCGUCGCCCUGCAAUGAAGAAGAGGAGAAAGGCGACUCUCAGCCUUGACGACAAGAUCCGCCUGGGCUGUCACCGCGAUCCCCCCGAGGGGCAUGUCGCCGCCGGGACGCGGGACCCGCUGACCUACGCCCCCCGCGCCGCCCCGAGACCGGCCUCCCCGGAGGCUCUCCGCUGCUACCGGGACCUGCCCCCCGCCCCCGAUCAGCGGAAGCUCCUGAGCUCCUGGCAGUACCGCCGCAACCUGCUCACCUACCUGAACGCCGACCGGCAGAAGCAGCCGUCCUUCUGCGACCUGCUCAUCAUCGUGGAAGGGAAGGAGUUCAGCGCCCACAAGGUGGUGGUGGCCGUGGGCAGCAGCUACUUCCACGCGUGCCUGAGCAAGAACCCCAGCACGGACGUGGUCAUCCUGGACCACGUCCCGCACUCGGUCUUCCGGCACCUGCUGGAGUUCCUCUACACGGCCGAGUUCUUCGUGUCCCAGUACGAGAUCCCCCUGGUCCUCGAGGCCGCCAAGUUCCUGGACAUCAUCGAUGCGGUCAAGGUGCUCAACAGCGAAGGCGUCCCCCACCCCCCGUUCCAGCCCCAGCGCCUCGAGCAGCCGCCCCCGGAGGAGUCGCUGAGUGGGUUGACCGGGGGGAGGGUGUCCGAUGACCAUCGGUGCACCUUCUGCAGCAGACACUUUUGUUACAAGAAGUCCUUGGAGAACCAUUUGGCCAAGACGCACCGGUCCCUCUUCUUGGGGAAAAAACAUGGGCUAAACAUGCUGGACAGAGCGUUUUCCGCCAGGAGGUCCAAGAGGAACCGGAGGUGCCCCGUGAAGUUCGAAGAUGCCGCCGCCGCCACCGCCGGCAAUGACACACGAGAAGGUGGUGACGGGUCAGGCGGCCUGAACCGAGACCAUUUGGAGAAGGGGAAGCCCGAUGGGAACGAUUCCGAGGAUCCGGGGAGCGAAGGUAACGCCGAGGAAGAUGAGCUAGAGGAGAUGUCUGAUGAGUUCUCCGACACCGAAGGGCCAAGUGACAAGGAGCCGAAUGGUGCGGAGGAGGAGGAGGAUGAAGAGGAGGAAGAAGAGGAGGAGGAGGAGGAAGAAGAGGAGGAGGAGGAGGAGGAAGAACCAGAGACCGGCGAUUCUGCAGGAAGUAUUCACGACGGGUUAUCUCCCGUGAUCAUUCAGAUAAAUAACAAAAAAAUCCUGCAGUGCCCCAUAUGCGAUAAAACCUUCGACCGGAUAGGGAAAUACGAGAGCCACACCCGCGUGCACACAGGUGAGAAGCCCUUUGAGUGUGAUAUUUGUCACCAGCGCUAUUCGACCAAGUAUAACCUGACUGUUCACAGGAAGAAGCACAGCAGCGACACCGACUUUCAUAAGAAGGAGCACAAGUGUCCUUACUGCCAUAAGCUCCACGCCAGCCGGAAGACGCUCGCCAAGCACGUGAAGAGAUUUCAUCCUGAAAAUGCACAGGAGUUUAUUUCCAUUAGGAAGACCAAGAGUGAAAGUUGGAAGUGUGAGAUUUGCAAGAAAUAUUUCACUCGGAGGCCUCACUUGGAGGAGCACAUGAUCCUGCACUCCCAGGACAAGCCCUUCAAGUGCACCUACUGCGAAGAGCACUUCAAGUCACGGUUCGCCCGGUUAAAGCAUCAGGAAAAGUUCCAUCUGGGUCCCUUUCCGUGCGACAUCUGCGGCCGCCAGUUCAAUGACACGGGGAACCUGAAGCGCCACAGGGAGUGCACGCACGGCGGCAAGAGGAAGUGGAGCUGCUUCAUCUGCGGGAAGUCCGUGCGGGAGAGAACCACGCUGAAGGAGCACAUGAGGAUCCACAGCGGGGAGAAGCCUCACCUCUGCAGCAUCUGCGGGCAGCGCUUCCGCCACGGCAGCUCCUACAGACUUCACUUGCGAGUCCAUCACGAUGACAAGAGGUACGAGUGCGACGAGUGUGGGAAAACAUUCAUUCGCCACGACCACCUGACGAAGCACAAAAAGAUACAUUCAGGUGAAAAGGCUCAUCAGUGUGAAGAAUGCGGAAAAUGUUUUGGCCGCAGGGAUCAUCUCACUGUUCACUACAAGAGCGUGCACCUUGGAGAGAAGGUGUGGCAGAAAUACAAAGCCACCUUUCAUCAAUGCGAUGUCUGUAAGAAAUUUUUUAAAGGCAAAUCAAGUCUCGAAAUGCAUUUUCGGACGCAUUCAGGUGAGAAGCCAUACAAGUGUCAGAUCUGCAAUCAGUCCUUCAGAAUUAAGAAAACCUUGACCAAGCACCUGGUCAUCCAUUCGGACGCCCGGCCUUUCUACUGUCAGUACUGUAACGCCACGUUCAAGCGGAAAGACAAGCUCAAGUACCACACGGACCACGUGCACGGCAUCAAGUCCCCCGACGACGCCCUGAGCGCUUCCGAGGAGAAGCUCGUGGCCUUGCCCGUGGAGUACUCGUCCGACGACAAGAUCUUCCAGGCGGAGACAAAACAGUACACGGACCAGCCCAAAGCGUAUCCGCCGGAGGCCAAGGCGAUGCUACAGGACGUGUCGGCCGAGGUGUGCGUGCCCGUGACGCUGGUCCCCGUGCAGAUGCCCGACGCCCCGAGCGACCUGGGGCAGCACAGCGCCCCCCUCCCACCGUCUUCGCAUGACAUCCUGUCGCCACAGCCACCGGCGGCCGACUACCCACGGGCAGCUGACUUAGCUUUUCUGGAAAAAUACACCCUGACCCCCCAGCCUGCAAAUCUAGUUCACCCCGUCCGACCCGAGCAGAUGCUGGAUCCCCGGGAGCAGUCCUACCUCGGGACGCUGCUGGGCCUCGACAGCGCCACGGCCGUGCAGAACAUGCCCGACGCGGAGCAUCACGCGUGAGGGAGUCCACGCGGUCCCCGGGUUUCUUGGAUGCUCGCGUGCUGGCCGCCUGGUGCAGGUGGCUUUUCCGCGAGUAGGGCUGCGAUUUUUUUUCAUUUUCAAGUACUCAGAGCCGUUGCAAAUCAAGAAAAAAUACGCCUCUCUGUUUACUGAACAUGUGAAUAUUUGGACACAUAUUGAGGUAUUUGAAGUGAACAUUUUUAUGAUUUUAAAGGAUUAUUUAGCGCUAAUUUUAAUGGAAUCUCAAACUUUUCGAAAUUAUUAGCUGUUGACAUUAUGUUUUGAUUUUUUGAAUCAGCAGUGGACAUUUUAUUCUUUA